AUGAGUCGUAAAAUACAAAUCACGGGCAUAUCGGCGGAGGAUCUCGUCUACAAUAAAAGACCGGUUAAAAAGAACGCCGUCGUUGCUUUCGGCAUGGCAGGGAACAAUUGGAAACAUCUGAUGAGAACGAGUGUGGACGAGACCGGUGGGGAUUAUCCGGUGUGGGAGGACAAGCUAGAGACGGAGUUUUCGUCGGGGAAAGAAUUACCGACGGUCAUGUACGUGGAGGUUUCGUGCCGGAGUUCAGGGGAGGAUAAGCGCGUGGGAACGGCACGUGUUCCGGUUAAGGAUUUUACGGGAGAGUAUGCGCCUGAGGGUUUUUUGCACUGUCUGAGUUAUAGACUGUGGGACGAGUACGGCAAACGUAACGGGAUUGUCAAUUUCUCUGUGAGGAUCGUUCCCACAAAAUCAGAUCUUAAAUCCGGUCUGCGUCCCUUUUGGUUACGUUAA